AUGGACAAAGCCCAUCUUUCGAGUUCUAAUGACAUCAUUAUGACAAGCUCAACAGGACCCUACCAGCCGGAACCCCUGACUCCACCCAGACCCACCCACCACCACUCCUCAUCCUCUUCUUUGUCCUCACCCUCUCCCUCCUCUUCCUCCUCACCCCUCAAGCCCAACCAGGUUGGCCAGGUCAUCCUGUAUGGCGUUCCCAUCGUCUCACUGGUCAUUGAUAACAUUGAGAGACUUUGCCUAGCACAGAUUUCUAACACACUCCUCAAGAACUACAGUUAUAAUGAGAUUCAUAAUCGUCGUGUGGCGCUGGGCAUCACCUGUGUCCAAUGCACUCCGGUUCAGUUGGAGAUCCUCCGUCGGGCCGGUGCCAUGCCCAUCUCGUCACGCCGCUGCGGCAUGAUCACCAAGCGUGAAGCUGAGCGCCUGUGCAAGUCCUUCCUGGGAGAGAACUCGCCACCGAAACUGCCCGACAACUUUGCCUUCGAUGUGACACACGAGUGCGCCUGGGGUUGUCGUGGUAACUUCAUCCCAGCACGCUACAACAGCUCCAGGGCCAAAUGCAUCAAGUGCUCUUUCUGCAAUAUGUAUUUCUCCCCAAAUAAGUUCAUUUUCCAUUCCCACCGCACACCAGACGCCAAGUACACCCAACCUGACGCUGCCAACUUUAACUCCUGGCGACGACAUCUCAAACUCACUGACAAACACCCACCUGAUGAGUUAGUUUACGCAUGGGAGGACGUCAAAGCUAUGUUCAACGGUGGCAGCCGGAAGAGAGCGCUACCCUCUACAGCCCAGUGUUCCUCCAUGGGGCCUAUGAAGACUAUCCCAGGUUCGGUUGUGCCUCACAUGAUGGGACCUGACCUGGGUGCUCAGAAGAGGGCACGCUUUGAAGACGAGGAUGAUCUGGAUGGAGGUAGUCUGUCUCCCCGUAAGACGCCGCGCAGCUACCCUGUCAUCCCCGUCCCAAGCAAGGGCUUCGGCAUGCUGCAGAAGUUCCCUCCCACGUCGCUCUUCCCCUCACCUUACCCAUUCCCAGCAUUUGGCCUCUGCCAGCAGAAAAAAGAGGACAGUGAUGUUUCAGCUGGACAGAAAGGAGCAGGCUUGUCUGGUCUGUUAUGGCCUGGCCGCAAAGACACUUUUUAUCCUCCUUUCUGCAUGUUUUGGCCACCAAGAGCAGCAGGAGGAAUCCCUGUCCCCACCUACCUCCAGCCUCAGCCCAGUGCCCUCUCCUCCCUGGCAGACAACCCUUCUCUCAGGCAGGCCUUUCUGGAUCUCUCAGACCCCAGUGAGCCUGGAGCUGUAGCUGGCAACGGAAAUAGCGUCAGUGUGACCAUGGCCUCUGGCAGUGGGACCGCCACACAAAGAUCUGGGCUGUUUGACCCAGACUGUACAACGGUAACCCCCGACCUUCGCCCUGUGACGUCAGAGGGCUGGCUCAAACUCCUAGACACCCCGACCCUCCAAACCAGGAAGCCAAGCUAUGGCUCGGCCUUCCGCCCCGUCAUCAAGGACGCAGAGAGCAUUGCCAAACUCCACAGCAACAGUGGUGCAACAGAUGAGGACUUUGGGGUGGUGGUUCCAGGGUCAGACCGCCACCAGCGGUUAUCGCCCACUAGCAGCUGUAGUUACGGAAGUGAAAGCGGAGGCGAUGGAGAAGCAGAAGGAGGGGAGAGCGAAGAGGAGGGGGAGGUGGACGUGGAGUCGUCGAAGCAGGAGGAUGAGGAGGAAGAAGGGAGUUUCACAAGCAGGCAGCCACAGACUCAGAGCAACCUGUAUCUACCUCCGCUGAGCGACAGCGCAGGAGAAGAGAGGGGGAAGGAGAGAGGGAGUGGCGUUGUGUAUCCCAGCACCUCCCCUCCCUCCUCCUCGGACCCCAUCCAGCAGGAGUCCCCCAGCCUGCCUGCUUCCCCUCCAGCCAGCCUGCCUCUCUCCAGCUCCAACCCACCUCACCGAGAGGACCCAGCUUACAAAAACAUUCACAAAAACAGAGACGAAGGACUACCUGCAUACGCAACCAAAGACAACUCCAGCAUUUCUGAUGAAAACAAAGAGCAGAAUAGUUUCUUUGCACCAGAGAGUGAGACGACAGCGCCGGACUACUGGAGGGAGAGUUCAGGGGAUCCAAACCAAGGUGCUGCUUCUCCUGUCCCACUGAAGAAGGACGUGGAGAACAUGGAAAAAGAGGAGCUCCAGAAGGUUCUGCUGGAGCAGAUCGACUUCAGGAGGAGACUGGAGCAGGAGUUUCAUGCUCUGAAGGGCACCUCACCGUUUCCUGUCUUCCAUAAUUUUCAAGACCAGAUGAAACGAGAGCUCGCCUACAGAGAGGAGAUGGUCCAACAGUUACAGAUGAUUCCCUACGCAAACAUCAUCAGAAAAGAAAAGAUCAGCUCACAUCUCAACAAGUAGCUAAAAGG